UGUUCCUUGCACACGACGGUCGACUGGUACUAUUUCUGUCGCGAAUUAUGCGUCGGUAUUGUACUAGAAGAACGUGGUCAAAUUGGAGGUCCGGGUAUUGUUGUAGAGAUCGACAAAUCGAAGUUCGGCAAGCGAAACUACUAUCGAGUCAAUGAUCGAUCGGCGGCCACACUCGUGCCUCUCAUUAAGGAAUUUAUUGCACCUGGCACCACAAUUGUUAGCGAUUGUUGGAAAGCCUAUGGAUCCUUAGGUGCAGAAGGUUACGAGCAUCCGACCGUCAAUCAUUAAUUGACUUUCAAAGAUCCCAAGACGGAUGCUGCCACGAACGUUACAGAAGGAUUGUGGGCAUUCGUUAAACGGCAAUUCCCGGAUUGCAAUCGCAGCAAAGACAUUGCUCGCCUUCAUCCACCUCCAUCCAACGACGCGGACGCUGAAGAGGACACUGACGCGACGGAAGCAAACGGAAGUGGAUUUUGAGGUGGAAUCGUCGACGGAGGAAAUCCCAAAAAAUCGGUACUUUUCAGAGCCACCAAUUAUUGACGUAGCAUCAACUUUUCGAUUUAGAAUAUUUUGCGAUUUAGAAUAUAAAGAUGAAAGAAGAGGUUUCAGCUUCGAAAUUUGCGGCACGAUUAUUCCAUGCGAUUCACAUUAUAUCCGACAGAUGGCGGUACGUCAAAAAUCUAAGUCACUAGCAGCCAACUUCAGUUCGGAGUCGUAUACUGCAGUUUUACCAUUUUGCCUACAAGAAUUCAUGUGUCCAAGUCGAAUAUAAAAUAUGCUGGACUUUGUGCAUGCACUGUAUGAAAACCGGAAGUAUUACUUAUAUUUUUAAUGUUAUUAUACCAUCUAUCUCUGAAACCACCUCUAAAUUUUAGACUGUUUAAUUUAGCUAUUUGUUUAGCAUUAUGCCUACCAAAUUUUACAUGCACAUACAUAUAUACCGACACGUGAGCCCGCGCGUACACACGCAUCCUUUUUUUCGAUUGUGAGUAUAAAAGCCACUCUGAAAUGUUAUAUGCAGUUGUGUCUAUGAACGAGAAUUUUAUCUUGUUAUACUUGUAUAAGUAUCUAGUAGAAAUAACUUCUGUGACAAAUAA